CAUCCCUUUCUGGCUUUAUUUGUGUUUUUCUAAACCACGGCGGAACGUUUCAGUUCUACGGAAACAAGUGCGGAAGGAAAAUCGUCAGGAGUGCAGCCCCGGACAGCGGACAGAGUUAACGGUAACACCAGCUGGACACAUGUGAGUGACUGUUGUCGUGGAUACGGAGUGAUGCGGCGGCUGUACGUCGGCGGGUUGAGCCACUCGAUCACCCAGAAGGAUCUGAAGGAUCGAUUCGGAAAGUUUGGAGAAGUGGAGGAUGUGGAGCUCCGGACCAGGAGGGAUGAUGAGGGUAUUCCUUACAGAAAAACCUACCAUUCAGUGCAGUGAGGCUACAUUAACAUCAACAUUUCAGAAGCCGACCUGAAGAAAUGUUUGACGGUGCUGAACAAAUCCAAAUGGAAAGGAGGAACUCUGCAGAUUGAAACAGCCAAGGAGAGUUUCCUGCACAGACUGGCUGAGGAGCGGCAGGCGGCAGCGGAGCAUCGCCUCCAGCAGCCUGCAGCUGAGGACCAGCAACAGAAGAUGCUGGACUCCAUGAGCAGAUCCGGCGUGGAAAACUUCACCAUGAAGGCUGCGGUGCCAGGGACCGAAGUGCCAGGACACAAGGACUGGGUGGUCAGUAAAUUCGGACGAGUCCUCCCCGUCCUGCAGCUCCGGUGUCAGAAAGGCAGCAGAGCUCGAACCCUGAAGUACGACCCGUCCAAAUACAGCCACAACAUCCGCAGGCUGGACCGGUCCACCGCAGACCAGCCCACACCUGUCACCCAGCUCACCUGGGAGGUACAGGGAGGGGAUGAUGACAUCAGCAAGAAGAGGCGGGGAGAGUUCCCUCCAUAUGAGCCAUCGAGACCCAAGAAGAGUCGGACAGACACGGUCAACUCCCAUAAUGCUGUGGGCAAAACCAGAUUUAAGCAGACUGUUGACUCUGUCGAUCACACUGAGGCUCAUCAGAUCACCAACGGAUAUGAACUACCAACCAACCACAGAAUGGCUCAGAGGAGGGGGGCACUGACUGAUAUCGAUUCAGACGAGGAAUUCCACAGACUGGUGGCGGCCCAGAACACCUCCCAUGCCGCACUGCAAGAGGAAGUGGACGAGGAUAACCUGGAAGUGGUCGGACUCGACUACUUGGUGAAGGCUGGACGCUCCCGUCAGCAGCAGAAAGGUGGUCCAGAUGACGAAGAAGAGAAUGACUACGACUCUGCAGACACCGAUGAACUCCUCGCCUCCAGGAAACCUCCACCGCAGGAGAGACUGACUCUGCCCACUGCAGAACAUGUCUCAGGAAACGACACAGACAGGAAGAGAAAGACAAAGAAGAAAAGUAAAGCUGGAGAGAAGGAGGACGAUUCAUCAAAUGCUGAAGAAAACCUCACCUCCAGGAAACCAUCCUCCACACAGCAGAGAGGAGAUUCUGGUAAACAGAGUUCUCAGAGCCAAAGUCAGAAGAUGACAGUCCUCCCUGUUGUAAAACCUCCUUUCUCAGAAUCAGAUAGUGAUGAUGAUGAUGAUGAUGAAGAUAAGGAUGUAGAUGAUGAGGGUGAAGAUGAGGAGUUACAAUCAGCUGAUUACAGUUCAGAUUCUGAUUAUGAAGCCAUGUUUUCUAACGUCACCCGCCUGGAGAUCUCCCUGGCUGAUCUACAGAGGCUAGCUGAAGAAUCCCAGCAGACCUCGAAGACUACAGCUCCCAGCAUCCUCAGCGCCUCUUCUGAACAAGAAAUGAACCUCAUGUCCAGUUCUGCUGAACGACCUGCUCCCAAGAAAGGCACCAUGCCGGAAGAGAUCCUCGCCGCCAUCAUGGAGGAGGACAGCAGCGAGGACGAACAGAAGAAGAAAAAGAAGAAAAGAAAAGCUGUCAUGUCAACGCCGCUGCCUGCCUUCCAGGGGACGAGAGCGCUGAAGGAGGAGGGGGGGGAAAGAGGAAGUGAGGUUAAAAAACACAAGCUGGACUCUGAAGCUCCUCGGCCGAACCACAGAGCAACGGACAGCAAAACUAGCAGGACUCUGAGCGGACAGAAACACACAGAAACCUCAGAAAGCAGUGAGGAGGAGGAGGAGAAAAGGGGGGAGGUGAUGAAGAACAUGGGUGCCCCAAGAGUUUUAAAACUGGUUCCAAGUAAAGCUACAGAAAACGCUGAGAAAACUGAGACUGGUUCCUCCUCUAGCAGUGAGGAGGAUGAGGAGAGGACGAAAGUCAGUCAGACUGUUGUUACAGCUAAAGCUGCAGCAACAGCUUUACCUUCAUCCACCAGCUCCUCCACUGAGGAAGACGAGGACGAGCAAGAGAUCAUUUCUGCUGAAGAUGCUGUGAAAGCAGCACCUCCCCCUGCUUCUCACAGUGAGUCCUCCUCCAGUGAGGAGGAGGAGGACGAGGAGGAAAAGCAGGCUCCUCCCCGGGUGCCGUUAGGCGCUAAAGAGGAAGAGGAGCGGCAGAGGAAGGCCAACAUGAGGAGGCUGGCUGCCGUCCAACAGAGACAGAAAGAGGCUGAAGAACACAAGAGGCUCAUCCAGGGAGCUCUAGCCAACCUGGAUACUCCAACAGCGGGAGCAGGGAAACACAUCGUCUUUGGCUCUGAUGAUGAUGGUGAUGAUGACGAUAAACAGCAGACAACCUCAGAGGUCACGCCGUCAAAGAAGACGCUGUUCCAGGACAGCCAAUCAGAGGACGAGGCCACAGGUGAUGAGGCAUCAGCCAGUGAGAACAACACAGUAAAAGAAAAGGUGCGUCUGAAGCCACUGGUUCCUCAGCUAUUCAACGGCAGUGAGGAUGAGGAGGAUGGUGAUGAAGAGGAGGAUGGCAGCAGGUUUGACAUCAGGCCUCAGUUUGAAGGUCGAGCAGGACAGAAGCUGAUGGAGCUGCAGUCUCGUUUCGGGACAGACCAACGUUUCCGGAUGGACUCUCGCUUCCUGGAGGAGGACGAGGACAAAGAGGAGGAGUCAGAGAAAAAGAGGAGCGUGACGGAGGAUGAUGAGGCUCUGGAGGAGGAGAGGAAGAAGAACCUGUCCAUCCUGCAGAGCGUCCUCGGCAGCAGCCAACAAACCUGCAGCAGCAAGACGUCCGGCAAGGCCAAGACCUUCAGAGACGUCUCGGCGCUGCAUUACGACCCCAGCAGAGAGGAACACGCUGCAUUUGAGACCAAAACAGAAGAAACCAAGGAGAGCAAGUCGGCCAGGAAGAAGAAGAGGGAAGAGGCUCAGAAGCUUCCGGAGGUUUCUAAGGAGAUUUACUACGACGUGUCUGGCGACCUGAAGGCUGUGUUCGGUCCGACGAAGGAUGACGUUGCUGGAAAAGAAGAGAAGACGAGCUGGGACCAAGAGGAAGAAGAGGAAGCAGGAGGGACGGAUGAACAGCCGACCCCGCUGUCAUCUCUCCUCUCAGCUGAUCCCAGCGCAGAGAAAGAGGAGUCGUCUGGAUUUAAAUUCUCCUUCUUUGGAGACAACACAGAAACAGGAAGUAGAGAGACAGAAGAGUACAAGGUAGAGAGCAUCCAGGCGCCAAAGGUGUCAUGGCAACAAGACCCACGUUUCCAUGAAAGCAGCUCAGAGGAGGAUGAGGAAGAACAGGAGGAAGAUGAGGAGCAAAGCAGCGUUGCCGCUAGAAUCACAGAAGAGGAGACGCCUUCAAAGACAGAUCUAUUCUUCUUCUUCCCUGAAGACAGCAGAUUGACAGAGGGUCCCAGGUUGUUCUGUCGGUCCUCUCACCUGGAGGAGCAGAGGGAGCAGUGGGAGGAGAGGAGGAGCGCGCUCAGAGAGGAGUACCGCAAGAAACACAAGGACGCCCGGAAGAAGCUGAAGGCCUCCCAGAAGAGCUGAGGAUUAUGGGAAGUGAAGUCUCUGUGUUUCAUUUUGCACUCACUGGUCUGGACUUCAGAAUCAGGAGCUGACGGAUUAUUUUCCCCUCCUUGGUGCCAUUUUGUGCCCCAGACUGAUUUUUAAUAGUCAGCAGGAGGGAGACCAAAAGACACAGACAUUGAGUGAAAGUUCAAGAUCAUCAGAGUAUCAGAUUUAUUUUUUAUUUGAGUAAAUACUGAGAGAUGAUUUUGUGGUCAGAUCUUCUUGUUGAAACAGCAUCUGGUUUGGUUUUCUCGUUAGUUGCCAUGGAAACGAUGCUGCAAAUGAACUUCUGGACAAUCCGCAGCAUCAGCCAAUCACAGCUUCAGGGGACCAAACCUGUUAUUAAAAAAAAAAAAAUAAAAAGCAAUAAAUAAACAAACUUGGCUUAAUUAUUAUUAUAAUUUUUUUAUUAGUCAGUUUUGGUCUUCCAUACCUCACAUCACCUAUUUCUGUAUCACUUUUGGUGCUACAGCUGUCAACCAGCGGGCUGAGAUCAGCAUCUAAUAAGACUAAAGGUUAGGGUUUGAUCGACGGGGCUGGAAAUGGUCUCAUGGUGUCGUCACACUGUUGUGAUCUGAGGAUGACUCGUCUCAUUGUGAACUCUGUCACUUCGCAAAGCAAAAUGAGAUUUUGUUCAUUUGAAUUUUGAAGAAGCUUUCAGUUUGUGGGAAUACACUCAGUGUCCAGUUUAUUAGUUCCAGCUAGCUAAAGCUAAUGCAGUCUCUCUCUCUCUCUCGAUAGACAGAUAGACAUGACCUUAGGCUCUGAAAAUUUUUACUUUUCACUGUUUUCUGACAUUUCAGACUCUUAAAUGAUUAACAGCUUGCAGCCCUACUUAAACACAACAUACUUCUAAGAAAAAAAGUUAUAUUUUAAGGGUGACAUGCUUUUCUGGGUUGUUGAUUCUGGGCUGGGAAACCAGCUGUAGCUUUCUUGAACUGUAGUAGGAUUUAACCUGCAGGAGGGGCCGUUUCAACCUUCUGGGUCCUCACACACUCUGUGCAUUGUUUAUGUAUCCUGUUGCCUUUAAGUACUCAUCGGAAACAGUGCACGACACAUCAGUUAUAUUACCCUGUCCCGUGGUUUUCUGUUAGUCACUCCUGGACUUUUAUUAAAAACAAUUUCAUUUGUGAAUAUUCACCAUGUAAGAAUAUUAUCAAUUGAAGUAAAUAAAAGUCUUAAAACUACAGUGUUCCUCAAAGCUGGGCAAAAAUACAAGAGUCACUUUAAGGCCCUUAUAAUUUUAUUUUGUGCUUUGGUGCACAGUCGAUCAAAUGACCUUGAACUAUUUGCCAUGCAGUGACUUUAGGGCUGUUGACUGGUUAUUCAGCCUGGGUUGAACAAUGCAGAACAUUUAUAAUGUAAUGUAUGUUGAGUCCAUACAUUAUCUACUUCCGUUUAAAAACUGAAGACAAUGACAAUUUUUGUGUGAUGUUUUUAUACAAUUAAGUGUUGAUGCAAAGCAGUUUUGUCAAAGUAAACUUUAAAAAAGUAUA